UCUACAUCGGUAGGACGAAUGGCACAUCCAGCUAGUGGGUACGCAUUUUGCCUCGCACGGUAACCCUCCCACAACAACACACCAGGAUGCCUCAAAAUCAGUUUGCAUACCGGUCUUCCAAGACUCUUGGAAUCGUUAACGUUGACGACAAUUAUUCGCCAGUUGCCGGGUUCGCUGCACCUACAGAUCCAGUCCGUACUUCUUGUUACAGUAAAAAUGGAAAAUUUUUUGCAUUUGCUACAGCGAAAACUGCUGUGAUUGUGAACCCCACCACUGGAUCUGUUGUCAGUUCUCUGGCGGUCGAAAAUGUAUAUGAAAUGGGUUUCUCUCCUUUGGGAAGUUAUAUCAGUACUUGGGAACGCCCUUCUAAAGAUCAAGAUGGAAACCAAAAAAAGAAUAUGAAGAUCUGGAGCACUGCUACUGGAGAACUGCUUUUUGAAUUUGUUCAACGCAAUCAAACUGGUUGGAACGUUCAGUACACAUACGACGAAUCAAUCGUUGCUCGUCUUGUGACGAACGAAGUUCACUUCUAUGAGGCAGGAAAGAUGGCAAAGGGUCCUUUGUACAAACUCCGUGUCGAGGGUCUUACUGACUUUGCACUUUCUCCUGGUCAAAACCACGCUGUUGCGGUUUUCGUUCCUGAGCGUAAAGGUGCCCCCGCUAUUGUACGGACUUACAACAUCCCUAGCUUUAAUACCCCUGUUUCCCAAAAAACUUUCUUUAAGGCUGACAAGGUGCAAUUCAAGUGGAACACCCUUGGAACAUCACUUUUGGUUCUCGCUCAAACAGAGGUUGAUAGAUCGAACAAAAACUAUUAUGGAGAAACCAACUUGUAUUUGCUUGGUAUUGCUGGACAGUACGAUUGUCGUGUGGACCUGGAUCGUGAGGGUCCCAUUCACGAUGUGAGCUGGUCUUCGAAUUCCAAAGAGUUCGGUGUCGUUUACGGUUACAUGCCCGCAAAAACCGCAAUUUUCGACAACCGUGCUAACAUUGUCACUACUCUUCCGUCUGCUCCCCGCAAUACGCUCCUUUUUUCCCCCAAUGCACGUUAUGUAAUGCUUGCUGGUUUUGGAAAUCUCCAGGGAAGCAUUGAUAUUUACGACAGUUAUGACAACAUGAGGAAGUUGGCUACUGUGGAGGCUGCGAACACCACGCAUUGUGAAUUCAGUCCAGAGAGCGAGUUCUUGCUUACUUCUGUCACGUCACCUCGUCUUCGUGUUGAUAACAGUAUUAAGAUCUGGCAUAUUACCGGAAAACCUAUGUUCUACCAAGAAUUCAAUGAGCUUUACCAAGUCACUUGGCGACCUAAGCCUUCUGCUGCUCCGGUGACGUUCGGACGCACUGGCACCCUCACUAUUCCCGCACCUCCUCAACCUCACGAAUCCGCAGCCAAGCUCGCAUCCAAGCCGGUCAUCAAAGCCACGGGUGCUUACCGUCCCCCCGGUGCUCGUGGUCAAGUGUCUUCCGUUUCUCAACGCAUGAGAGAGCUUGAUGUUUUGGGCAGCAGUGCCUCUUCCAAGCCUUACUCAGUGAAGAAGGAACGCGUUGUUCCCGGUGCCACUCCUAUUGUUGAAAAGAAAAACGGCAAGCAGAAGAAGCAAAACAACGGCACCAAGGCUGGUGCUAAUGCACCUGCGGAAGUCAGUGACGAAAAGAAAAUUCGUUCCUUGUGCAAGAAGCUUCGUGCUAUUGACGAGCUUAAGGCACGUUUGGCAAAUGGCGAAAAGCUUGAGGUUACUCAGAUUAAGAAAAUCGAGACAGAGCCAAAGGUUUUGGCUGACCUUAAAGCUUUGGGCUGGUCCCCUGAUGCAUAGUUGUGGUGUAUGUUGUCUACCGACUGUUCUGGGUACAUUUCCCCCAUUCCCAUGUGAUAGACGCCAUUUUGCCCAACGUUAAAAGCAUUUGACUCAGUUGUAAUCAGACAGCUGUGGAAGGACAUCAAAGGAGAAAUAGCCGGCUUAAGUCGAUGCUAGGUAGGGCGACUAUAUAUAGACGGAUGCGAUGAAUAUUUUUGUCGUUUUUUGGCCCAAACGAAAACCAUUCUUCGGUUUUCGAGACUCUACGAUAGUUUGGCACUCACAUUUCAUUUGCCUUCCUAAGACUUUCACCUCCUACGCUAACCGUUCUCUCUGCUUCCUUUAACUACCGAUCCCUCUUUAGUGUGGUCAUUUACGGGAACUUGAGGAUGUACCAGUUAACGUAUGGAAGGUUGUAGUAAUACAUGAUUAAGACUAUUUAAGCUGUCUUUCUUAACAAAUUUUCAUAGCUUCCCGUGCACCCGCAAUGGGAUAAGAGGUGUGUGUUGAACUGAAGGUAUC